GUUACGUGAAUAUUGAAAGACUGCUUUGAGGUUUUUAUAUGAAGCGGAUCUUCAAAUUGAGUGAUACUUUUUGAAGGUAUUAUUCACAAAAAUGCAGUCAGGAUCUAAUGAAGAAUCUUCGAAAAUAAAAAUAAUGCCCACUUCCGCCAAAUUCACAAAAGAGUUCCAUGGCAGUACAGAUUCAGCAUCAGUUGGUGCCAAAAAGAACCAGUUAGAUAGACACUUGCAAAAAAAGCGAAAAAAAAGCGACUCCAAAACCGUAGAAAAGAAGGUUAAGUUGAGUCAAAAUGGUUCUUCUGUUGAUUUCAAGCCGAAAAAACAUGAUGGAGAAUUAAAAAAGAAAGAUCGUAAAAAAAAGUCUAAAGUCCUGUCUGACAUGAUUUCAGAUCAUUCUGCUUCUGCGGAAGAAAAAGAAGAACAUCGCAGUAAGCAUCAGUGCAAUGCCUCUUUACGUAUUACCAAUUUACCAAAUUAUAUAAAUUAUACUAUGCUCAGAGAGGCCAUCCCAUCAGCAUCACGAUUACGAUUGUUUAAAAAGGCUGCAAAGCGUCACGCAUUUGCCAAUUUUGCCAAUAUGGAAGAUUUUACAAAUGCUGUCAGUCGUUUGGAGGAACUUGAGUUUGAUGGAGUUAAACCAUCGUAUAAACAAGUUGUUCGCCGCAAAAAAGACAAAAUUAAAACUGAAGGUGAUGAUUUGAGGCUGACAAUUCGCAACUUACCGUAUUCCAUUACUGCAGAUGAAUUAGAAAAUGAAUUUCCUCUAGCAAAAUCGAUCACAAUAAACACUAAGAAAGAUGGUACUAAUAAAGGGUCAUGCUUACUAGAGUUCGAAUGUAAGGAUGAUCUUCAGGUUGUUUUAGAUGCUUGUCAAAAUAAGGAGAUUGGCGGUCGACCUGUUAAAGCUGUGGUCGGUCUACAUUUCAGUGUGAGGCCCAAUCCAACCACUAAUAUUGAUAUAAAAAUAUGCAAGCUACCCACAACAGUAGGAGACGAUAAAAUUCGAGGACUAUUUCCGUCAGGCUCCAUUGUGCAGUACUGUUCAGUACCUAUUGAUUCGUUGAAAAGAAAUGUGUUUGUCACUCUGAAGAAUACUAAACAAAACGAGGUCAUAAUCAGAGAACUUAAGAAAAAAGGAGUUGAUGAACACCAUUUAAAAAUAAAACGUUGGUACAAAAAGAAAUUGAUUACUAAGGAAAUCAAAUUAAAACCAGACACUGCUAAAAAUGAGAAGAAAUCAAAGAAUUCCAAGCACAAGAAAUUGGACGACUCUGAGAAGUCUAUUGAACCAGUACCAGAUGAGAUGAAGAAGAAAUCAAAGAAGUUGAAGCACAAGAAAUUGGAUGACUCUGAGCAGUCUACUGAAGCAGUACCAGUUUUGAAGAAAAAGAAACCGAAGAAGGUUAAGCAAGAGAAAAUGGAAAUCUGUGAUUAGUGUUGUCAACUUGAAGCAGGUAAUGAAUGAUCAUCUAACUGCAUUAAAGUCUGUACAUAAUUUACUUUGAUAUGGAUGUUGUCAUGUUUACAUAUAAAAUAAAUCAUUUGUAUUUGA